CGCCAUUUCGAAUUUGGGGCCGUGUACACAGGAUGGACCUUAGGUACCAGGUACCUUAGGUAUCCUUCAAGUUACCUUAUUAGUGAAUGGCUCCGGGCUUCGACGCCCCAGAACGCAAUUCUGCCCCUAUCUAUAUUCGCUUGGAGCUACUCUGUGAUUCUCCCCACUGUGAUUGAGUAUGAGUGGGUUCCAUUCAUCAAUGACGGGAGCUUUGCGGUGGCUUGUGUUCGCUACCUAAAGUCGAUCGCCUAGGUCAAGUUAACUAGCGUGGUCCCGCGCAGACAAUACCUAUAGUCGCCCGGCCAACCGAUCACCCCUCAACUUUGUGCAGGGUAACUACUAGUACUAGUAGUGUACAUAGAUGUGCAUCGCGUCUAAGUUCCACUUUCCGGUUCAAGGCGACGCGAUCAUGGUUACUACGCGGCGGGGUAGCCGUCCAGCGGACGACGAUAGCAGUUCUGGAGAUGACAGUGACAUACCUGCUCACCCUGUCGGUCGCCGCGGACCUGCCGCCCCAACAUCUGCAACACUUAGACCCCCGAUUGAGGCUGCGGGCAGUUCGAAUCGUGCCAAAGGAAAGCGAAAGGCUACCGUGCCCGAUACACCACAAAAGCGUCCAAGACAUACUUCCGACAUUGUCAAAGAAUCGAUCGAAGUCCAACUGGAGGAUGACAACGUCGAUGCCGUGAUCAACGUUACCGACGCCCGACAUAGGCGCAUCGAGAUACCCCUUCCUACUCGCAAGGGACUUUGGGGAGAGGAGGGCAAGAGGAGAAACAAUCCUUCUAUUGCGGCAAUGGCGCCUUCGGAACCUUCGAUUGUCGGCGUUCGCGCCCCUCGCCCUCGCGCUAAGCGUAUCAACCGACAAACGAAGAGCGUAGAAGUCGUUGAUGAGCUUCUCACCUCCCAGGUAUCUAGGAGAAAAGCAGGGAAACCGUUGUUGGAAGCUAUGGCGGAGACACCUCGGCAUGGACGGCUCCUUCCACCAGCGCAGUAUGAAAGUCAAGGUGCCGGUAAGGAAGAUGACGAACUCCCGGGGAGCCCGGAACUUCAAUCUUCGGCCGUGAAACUCUCACCGAGGAGACGUGCUAGUGGAAUGGACGAUACUCUCGUAGGUGAAGAGGCGCAGGUCCGCCGUUACAAUCCGAAAACCCGCCCGUCGGCACCGAAACCCGCACCGAGGAGACUUGUUAGGGGAAUGGACAAUGCUCUAGUAGAUGAAGAAGCGGCGUCUCGCCGUCACAAUCCGAAACGCGGCGCCUUGGCACCGAAACGACGACCGAAGAAACCUAUGGUGGACAUCUACGAGGUGCCGGACGAUGAAGAAGAGUUGGAGCCCGGGAGACUCAGCCCGGAACUCCAGUUCUCAGCACCGGAACACCUAUCACGGAGGGCUGCCGCCGACCUCCAUAAUGUACCGCGAGAUGAUGAUUCUCAGCAGCUACCGAAACCUGCGAACACCCGACGGCCGAGUAUUGCCGUCGAAGAAGCAGUUGCAUUUGCAGGAUCGGAGGAGCCAGAAGAGCUAGAUGGUUUCGGGGACCAAGAGGACAUGGCAGAAGUGGGAGAGAGGGAUGAGUUGGACAUGGAUUCGGGCUCCGUGGACGAGAUCCAAGGGAGCGUCGGCGUGAAUAUCGUGAUACGUCGGUUUACGGCAAAGCGGCACGCCAUACGCACAAUGCGCAUACGCAGCUACCACAUCAACAACAUGUUGCGGAUCAUGGGUGCAAGCGGCUGGACACGCGCAGGCAGGAGGUGGGGGGUCGAGCUGAUCCAAGCCAACUUGUUCAACUUCGACUAUGUAUCACCGGCUCUCACGAGACUUGCAAAAAACAUUUUCAAUGCGCUCGGCCUCCUGAAGGAUCUUCUAGAUGACAUUCCUAAUGCACUUGAUCUAGCGAACCAAUCUCAAUUCCUCGAGGGGCAAGAGCAGGCAGUGAACGAGGCUAUGAGGAGGGUCGACGGGGUAGUGAGCAAGAUCAAGUCCCUAAAAGCACCCCCUGCUCUCAACCCAGAACGCCGACGCCAAAACCUCGCCAGAUUCAACCAGGCGGUGACGAAGGGUCUCUGCUCCUACGUCAUCCCCAUGUUCGUUCUGCUCCUACAGAGCUGCUUUGCCGUCGGAAUCGAGCAACCCGACGCCGAGGCCGAUACGCCGCUCCCAGAGGAGGGUGUCUUCACCGGAGUCACGGCGCAACUCAUGCUCUGGGUUUCGAAGUGGCUAUUACGUCUCUAUAGAUCCUUGGCACGGCAAUUCAAAGGCCCAGAAGCUGAGGAAGGCCAGGGCCCCGGUGAUGCGGCACAGAACCGCGAGAGCUUCGGCGUCAUGCUCAGGAAGUGGGACGAGCAUUUGAGGCACGCCGUGGCCGCCUACAACGAGCAAAUCGACAGGGAAAGAGACAUAUGUGAGAAGAAGAGACGGGACGAGGAAGCCGCGGAGGCCAAGAGAAAGAAAGAAGAGGAAGAGCUUGCGCGCGUGAGGGAGAACGAAGAGGUAUGGAAGCGCUCGUUGCUCGAUGCCGCAGGCCAGCCUCGCCCUCUUGCCGAGGCGUGGCACAAGACUACACAGCACUGGCCUGCUUCUCAGACAGGCGACAAUUCCUCCACUCCCAAACCUAGGCCACAAUCACAUACCCUGUCGCGGCUACGACCGUCGAGUUCCGCGAUCUCAUCGGGAGGGCAAGCCGCACCGCAAGCCGCGCCGCAAGCCAGGGCAAACGCUGGGCGCAUGUACCCCCCUUGGCCUGAGGACGAAACGACGUGGUUCCUGGGGGAGUUGAAACAACCGAGGAAGCCUAGGGACUUUCUAGAGAUAUGUGCCCAGGUUCUUGAACGUCCGCUCUGGGAGGUGCGGGAGGAGAAGGAGCGACUGAAAAGGUUGGGACGGUAUCGGUCGCCGGUUCGAUAAGGUUUCCGAUCUGUUUGGUUCCGUUGCUGUGGGAGCUGGGGAUCUUUUUUGUAUGGUGCCGGUUCGAUGUUGGGUAUCGGCCUCUCGGUAAGGGAACGGUUCACCUUGCGUCCGUACAAUAGUGGUCAACCUGGAUUGGGACUCGUUUUUCAAUGUUUUCCUUGCUCUUCAUACCGUAUCUUGGAUGAUGCCGUUUCAUGAAGUUUCGAACCUCUUACCAACAACGGUCACCCUGGGAGAAUUACACGUGUACUUUUCCUUGGCACCUACCCAAGGCAAUUAACCCAACAAAGCCGUGCAGCUUCCGGUUUGAGAUGGAAGCAUCCUGGGAUCAGCAGCUUCUAUGAUCCUGUCACAGCGAACCUACGCUAAAUAAGUCGUUCUGUUAAUUGCUUACAUUGGAGAACUGCCCCUCGUGCAUUGCAACCUUGCGGCACGGAGCACACCCCGCAGUCUGCGCCGAGUGCCAGCGAAUAACAAAA